AUGGAGUUAAGCAAAGUGAGUGUAGAAAAGAUAUCCGUACCAAUUAAGAGUAAUUGUGAAAUUUGUGAGACCAACACAUAUUUGACCAAGGAUUGUCCCACAGUUCCAGCAUUUCAAGAGGUACUGCAUGAGCAGGCCAAUAUGGCCAAUGCAUACCAAAGACCAUUUAAUUCGCCUUACUAUGAGACUUAUAAUCCUAAUUGGCGAAAUCACCCCAACUUCAGUUGGAGGAAUGGUCCAUAUGCCAAUGAGCCCCAAAGACCUUCUUCUAAUGUUCCUUAUGUGCCACCACAUAAGAAGGCUUUUGCAAACACAAUGCAAACUUUUGUACAGAGACAAGACCAGAUCAACCAAAAUAACAUGCAAAAUAUUCAAGAGUUGAAAAACUCAGUUGAUAGAAUUGAGUCCCAAUUGAAUGUAAGGGAGAAGGGAAUGUUUCUAGCUCUACCUCAAACUAACCCAAGGACUCAAGGUGGGGUAAAUGAAGUCAAAAAUAUUCAAGUAGAACAUGCUAAGUCAGUCACUGUCCUUAAAAGUGGAAAAAUUGUGAACAAAGAAAUCCCAACAAAGGUUUCACAACCUAAAGGAAAUUUAGAAACCAAGGAUGAUGACAAGCGUAAAGAGGUUGAGGAUGUUGAGGAAAGAGUGUAUAAGCCUAUUGCCUCAUUUUUCCAAAGGUUGCUUGCACCUAAAAAGGGGACAACAAAUCAAGAUAUUUUGGAAGUGUUUAAACAGGUGAAAAUAAAUACCCCUUUGUUAGAUGAUAUCAAGCAAAUUCCGUCAUAUGCUAAAUUUUUGAAAGAUCUUUAUAUUGUCAAGCAAAAGCUUUCUGUGAAAACGAAAGCAUUUUUUACUGAGCACGUAAGUGCUAUAAUUCAGCAGAAAAUUUCAUUGAAGCAUAAAGAUCCAGGAUCCCCUACUAUCCCAUGCAUCAUAGGAGAUUCAAAAUUUGAUAAAGCAUUGGUUGAUUUAGGGUAUGGUGUAAAUCUAUGA